AUUUGCUUUAAUCUUCAAACCGCGACUUGCUGGGUUUAAACUAAGAGGAAAUAACUUGUUAGUAACCACUUAUUUCAUACACACAAAGGAAUUUUUUGCGACUUUAUUCACUAGUAGGAGCUUAAGAAUAAAGAACACAGUAUUCCUUUACUGAAGUGAAGUUUUCUUUUGCUUGUUAAAUUUUUGAUAAUUGAAUAUUGAAAAUUGUGUGAUUCGCGAUAAUGAAGGUAGGGAUUUUGUGUUGUGUUUUGUUGUUAUUGACUGAUUUGAACUACGGUGAAGCUAAAAGGGGAGGUGGUUCAAGAGGAGGAGGUUCCAGAGGGAAAAGUUCAGGUGGAUCAGGCUGGUGGUGGUCAAGUAGCAAUAAAAAAUCUUCUUCAUCAUCUAAAUCAUCGAGUGCUGUUCACCCUGCACCUGCACCACAACCUGAGAUUAAAAAACAGAACACUCACCUACAACAACAGCCGGCAAGUAAUCCGAAUUUUAAUACACAACAGAAGCCAAUCGGAUGGAAUGUACCGGGAAACAAACAAGGUACACACCAACAAACACACAGUUACCCUACAGGUAAUCAACCACAUGGUACCUGGUCAAAUACCGCCGGACAUAAUCCCCAACAGCACGGUAGCUGGGGAAACCAACACGGCAGUUAUGGAAAUCAACAUAACGGCUGGGGUGGUCAACAACAUAGCAGUUGGGGUGGACAACAGCACGGAAGUUGGGGAGGACAUCAAAAUAGUGGAUGGGGCAGUGGAUACCCGAAUCAACAUGCAUAUUCUGGGUUUGGUGGUGGUUAUGGUGGGUACGGUAGCGGUUAUAACUCCUUUGGAGGAAUACAGAGAGGUGGUUAUGGCGGAGGAAUGGGAGGAUAUGGUAUGGGAAUGGGUGGUUACGGUAUGGGAAUGGGAGGUAUGGGAAUGGGUGGAUUAGGAGGUUCCGGAGGAUAUUCACCAUACGGUGUACAAAGAAAGUCCGGUUUCUUCAGUGGUAGUACAUUUGGAAAUAUUUUAACGGGUAUGGCAAUCUACCACGUAACAUCGAGCUUAGCCAAAGGUAUUUUUGGUGUUGGUCAUACAAGACCUUACAACGUCUAUAAUUAUUAUAAUCAACCACCGGAAGCGCGCGAAGAAAUUAAAUUACCGUCCAAUGUGUUAACAAUGUGUGAAGGAAAUUUGACAACAGUGUGUACAGGUGCUACUGCUAUUUGUACCACCAACAAUACAGUUCUCUGCGUAGUAACAAUGUCUCAAGCAACACCUUGUGCUGAUGAGAAAGCUAUGUGUGUUAACACGACUAUACCAUGUACCGAUAAUUCCGAUCCACUAUGUCAAAAUAAUACCAACCAACAAACGGAGACUACCGUCAAUUUACCUUGUUACACAAAUUUGAGCGUCGAUAUAAAUUUAUUAAACGAGCCUGAAGCUGCUAAAAAAGGCGAUGAUUAUCAAUAUUGUGUUACAACUAUGGCUGUAGCAGGUCCGGAGUAUAAAAAUUGUUCCAAGGAAAGUCUUCUGAAAACGCACGAUUAUAGAAAUAUUUUAGCAGGAGAGUAUACUUGGAACCUGACAUUUAAUCAGAUGAUGAGACAAUAUCAGUCUUACAAUUACGACAACCCAACACAAACGCCUUCCGGAGAUAUGGUACUACCUCUGGUAGCUUUAAUACCGUGCAUAGAAAAUGCAACGAAAAUUUGCGCCCCGAAUCUGGUAACAAUAUGCACAGGUUUUGGAGAAAUAAUGUGUAUAAAACCUUUAACGGAUACGUCAAAUUGCGAGGAAUACAACACUACGUGCUAUAAAAGUUUAAUUGAAUGUCAACCAGAUGUGGAGCAAGACUUUUUAUGUCAAAAUAAAACCGAAGAUGAAUUGGUAUUGAAGGAAGAUAAGAAAUAUGUUAAUAUAGAAAUGCCUUGUUUUACUAAUGUAACUUUGAAUAGCAAUUCACCUAAUUUCGACAUAAAUACAUUCAACGGAACUAUACCAGAAACUGCCCCAAGUAGUUUUAUGUAUCAUUACCGUUUAUGUAUUAUAACGUUAAGUGUACCAGGUCCUGAAUCAGAUAUGUGUCUGAUAAAUGAAAUUAAAUAAUUUUAUGAGUCAUUGAUUGAUGUAAAAAUAGUGUUAUAAUAAGAAAUAGCUUUUUAGAGAAAAGAUUAAAAAUAUUUAGUUGUU